AUGCUAUUGCCUCCAUAUGUAUCUUGGACGGCUUGGUUAACAUUCGAAAUGGCUUUUGAUAGGCAGGUUGUGAUCCCUUUGGAUGAGUCCCAUGAGCUGUGUGGACGAGUUAUGGGUGCACUUUUUGUGACAUCGUACACUGUGUCCGCCCACGCACUUCACUGGACUGACAAGAAAGAUCGUAUCGUCGCUGUUGAUGCACGAGUUGUCUGUUGUAUAUGCAUACUUUCUGCUCAAGUCUGGUCACAAAUUGCCUACCUCGAAUCGUGGUCUGGCGGACAUUGGGUCGGCAUUACGUUGUUCUCUACGUGGACUGCUGAUUCCAUUACUAUAUCGUCUAGCUCUCUUCCUUUCUGGACCAAGACAAAAACAAUUUGA